AUGGAUGAUGGUGGUGGUGGUGAUUUGGUCCGCGGCGGGUUCCAGCCGCGCCUUCCGACUUCGCUGCCGCCCCCAGGACAGCAGCAGCAGCCGUCGCCGCUACCACGCCGACAGCCCGUCCCGUUGAUGCCUCCCGCGCAGCUUCAUCCGGGAGCGCCCCAGGUGGUCGCUCCGGCGCCUGCGGUCCCUCUUCAGUCGCCACCGCCUUCGGAGCUGAUGGACGUCGACCCCUCAGCCGGGCCGCCUUCCCAAGCGGUGGCUGUGCAGCCUGUCCUGCAGCCGCUUUCCUUGGGCACCACCGCAGCGCCUUGUCCGGCGCCCACUCAGCAGCCGUCGACGCAGCGUCAGGAGACGCUGCCUCUCUUCGUGGGUCCCGACGCCCCGUCGCGUCCAGUACCAGAAGCUGCGCCCGUGGUCACAGGCGUGCACCCUGACCUCGGUUUUCAGUCGGUGUUUCCCGAGGCCCCGCGCAGCCAAUGCUGGGUACGAAGCUCUCCCCACCGAGAGCAGCAGCAGCAGCAGUAG